AUGCCGCUAGAACAUUCACCAGUAAGAAAUAUGCUAGAAAAUCAAAACCAAGUGGACCAACUGCAAGAAGGUCAGAAUGUUCCACUUCUGAGUCGAAGCCGAAACAGUAAUACUCCAACCGGACAACAUUCAAGGUCCAAUUCGUCCGCUUCAUUUCACGGAUUCAAUUGGGAGGAGGGAAUGGAGCUGGAGUCGAUGCGAAAAUUGAAGGGCUUGUUCCGGCAGAGAGGACAGAUCGAACAGAAGCUAGUGAGGAUUCAGUUGACUUUGCAGACGCAGAGUAGUAUGACGUUAGCCCAGUUGCAGUGCGCGGAGAAGAAACUAGUUGUAAUCUACAGCGAGUUUAGCCACUUCCAUAGUGAAAUCAUGGCCUUGAUUCCUGAUGAAGCAUCGGAUGAGCAAGAUGAAAUUUACUGCACUUUUGAGGAUCGUCAUACCGAGUUGUCGAAUCACAUCCAGGAAAGAAUCAAUGCUGCUACUCAAAUGCAAACCGUGAGGUCAUCUGUUUCCCCACAGGUUAUUAUUCAGCAGCAGCCGUUGAAAGCACCUAUUCCUACAUUUGACGGUAAUUAUGCUAAUUGGCCAAAAUUCAAGGCGAUUUUCCAAGACCUGAUGGCACAGUCCAGGGACUCAGAGUCAUUAAAACUGUACCACCUAGACAAAGCAUUGAUUGGAUCCGCAGCAGGUAUAUUAGAUGCAAAAAUAAUCAACGAGGGUAAUUAUAAGCAAGCGUGGAAGGUGCUAACAGACCGUUACGAAAACACACGUGUAAUCGUUGAGUCACACAUUCAAGGAUUGCUUACCCUAAGAAAAAUGUCUCAAGCAACAUUCAAAGAAUUGGAUGGCUUGCUAACUGAAGCAACCGGUCAUGUUGAAGGCCUACGGUACCAAAAACAACAGUUAACGGGUAUCUCCGAGCACAUCGUGGUGCAUCUUAUCGUCAGUGCCUUGGAUAAUUCGACCCGCAUGGCUUGGGAACGUAUCCAGCAAAGAGGUGUGCUCCCGAAAUACGAACAAACAAUCUCCUUUCUCAAAACCAGUUGUCAAGUGCUGGAGCAGUGUGAAUCGUCGCAAGCUUUCUCCCAACGAACCGCCGUAAAAUCAAAGUUUUCACCAGUCAACAACAAAAUGCCAUCGCUCAAGACUAACGCAGUUACUUCAAGUUCCAGCAAGUCUUCAGGUUCCUGCCACUUUUGUGGAGGUUCACAUCUUAACUUCCAAUGUGAGGAAUUCAAGCAGCUGACAGCAACUCAAAGGGCAGAAAAGGUUCGAGCAAAAGGUUUGUGCUUUAACUGCCUCCGGAAGGGACAUCAGUCCAAACAGUGCACGUCUAACAACACGUGUCGAAAAUGCAGCCGCAAACAUCACACCAUUCUCCACGAUGAUGCUGAAAGGAACAGCAGUCAGGAUUCAAAGGCCGACAUUGCCGCGCCAAAGCAACCUGUCGCGAAUAAUCAACCAACUGUUGUUCAACCUUCUGUUUCGGUGGUGGAUAAACCAGUAUCCACUACAUGCUCAAGCAAUCACGUUUCAACAUCAAAGACCGUCUUGCUGUUGACUGCUGUCGUUCAAGCCAUUGAUGAACAUAACCAGUCCCACCCUUGUCGAGUCCUACUUGACAGUGGGUCUCAAGUUAACUUUGUCACCGAGAAAAUGGCAACCCGCCUCGGUUGUUCUAGAAUGCCAGCAAAUGUAUCAAUCACUGGAAUCAAUGCCCUGAGAAGUCUAGCUCGUGAUAAGGUGUUCGUUAAAUUCCAAUCGAGCUACGGAGACUUUCAAGCCAACAUCGAGUGUCUGGUUACAACCAAGGUAACUGGAACUAUUCCUAACCGAACGAUUGAUUUCAGCUCCUGGGAACUUCCUGAAGGCAUUCAACUCGCCGAUCCACAUUUCUUCCAGCCAUCCGAAAAGGUUGACAUGUUAAUCGGGGGAGAAUUGUUCUUUGAUCUUCUUAAGCCCGAUCAAAUAAGUCUUGGUGACAAUUUACCACAACUUCGAGAAACUCAUCUUGGAUGGGUGGUAGCUGGAGUAAUAAACGAGCCGUACAUUUCGAAUGCGGCUAUUCAACACGUCAACCAUGCUUCGAUCGAUUCCAUCGAGGAAAUGAUGCAUCAAUUUUGGAAGGUGGAGGAAGUACCAAACGCAUCUCCAUUUUCAUCCGAACAGCUGUCCUGUGAAGCCCAUUUCCUGUCGACGUACAAGCGCGAUGCAACGGGUAGGUUUGUUGUAAAACUACCGUUUAAAGAAAACCUCAACCGGUUGGAUAAUUGCCGUUCUUUGGCACUCAAGCGAUUCCUUAUGUUAGAAAAACGAUUGGAGCGUAAUCCCGAGCUGAGGCAGCAAUACAACGAUUUCAUAAGGGAGUAUGAAGACCUCGGCCAUUGCAGAGAAGUUAAGGAAGCUGAGGAUCCAGGUAAUAUGGAUACGUACUAUCUGCCGCAUCAUGCAGUAUUACGACCGUCAAGCUCAACCACGAAGUGCCGCGUCGUAUUCGAUGCUAGUGCCAAAAUGGACCCAUCAAAACUAUCGCUCAAUGAGGUUCUUCAAGUAGGACCAGUUGUACAGAAUGGCAUAUUCUCUAUUACGCUGCGAUUCCGUAAGUACGCUUAUGCAUUUUCAAGCGAUAUAGAAAAAAUGUACCGGCAAGUGUUCGUUGCGCCGGAAGAACGCCGAUUCCUCCGAUGCUUUUGGAGGUCCGACCCGUCACAUCCAUUAAGGGUUCUCGAGCUUAAUACCGUUACUUACGGAACAGCUUGUGCGCCAUACCAAGCAACAAGGUGUUUGGUACAACUUGCCAAGGAAGAAGGUUCCGAGUUUCCCAUCGGCUCUCGAAUCUUGACUGAGGACUUUUACGUUGACGAUGCGCUUUCUGGCGCUAACACGUUGGAAGAAGCUCUCGAAAGCCAACGUCAAUUAAAAGAACUGCUAACCAGAGGUGGUUUCCAUAUUCACAAAUGGUGCUCCAAUUCGGCAGAGUUUCUAGAGCACAUUCCACCAGCCGACCGAGAAAGGAAGGUUCCUUUUCAUGAGUACGGAGCAAAUGAAGUAAUAAAGGUGCUUGGAUUGUUGUGGGAUCCUGACGGCGACGUCCUCAUGAUAGCCAAUCCGCCGAAAUGUUCUUUUCCGGAUGAUGAGCUAGCCACGAAACGAAUGAUUUAUUCCGAGGUGGCAAAAUUGUUCGAUCCACUCGGACUGUUUGCACCAGUAAUUGUCAUGGCCAAACUCUUGGUACAGCAGCUUUGGAAAAUAUCAGCUGGAUGGGACGAUCCCAUCGACGAAACCAUCCGCGAAAAUUGGGCUACUCUGCGCGCAUCCCUUCCAGACCUUGGACGCAUUCACGUUCCAAGGUGUGUUAUGUUCCCGAAUGCGAUUGCAUAUGAGUUGCAUGGUUUUUCCGAUGCAUCGAACGUGGCGUACGGUGCAUGCGUCUACUUGAGAAGUAUUUUCACCAAUGGAUCCGCCAACCUACGUCUUCUAUGCAGCAAGUCAAAGGUUGCCCCAUUAGACGAUGUCUCCAUUCCUCGUAAAGAGCUCUGUGCCGCUCAGCUGCUUUCGAAAUUGAUCAGCCAGGUCGUUCCCGCGCUUCGAAUGAACUUUCGAGAAGUUGUUCUCUGGUCGGACAGCACCAUUGUUCUGGCAUGGCUGAAGAAACCGUUAGAUCAACUUCAGACGUUCGUAAGGAAUCGGAUUGCUUUGAUACGAAAGGAUACUAAUGAGUAUCGAUGGAGUUAUGUUUGCUCGGCCAAUAAUCCCGCCGAUAUCGUUUCUCGAGGAAAGCUGCCAGAAGAUUUAAAACAAAAUAUUCUCUGGUGGAGCGGUCCAAGGUUCCUGUGUGAAGUAGAAUAUGACGUUGAAGACACCGAAGAGAUUUUGGAGAAUCUUCCCGAACUAAAAGUCCACGUCAUAACCAUGUCAGCUCACGAUUCGUUUCCAUUCUUCGGAAAAUUCAGUUCUUUUCGGAAAAUCCAGCGCACCAUGUGCUACGUUCUACGGUUUAUUCGAAAUUGCAAACGGCCAAAGUCUAAUCGUGUGAAGCAAGUACAUCUUUCCAUCGAAGAACUACGUCAAGCAUCCGAAGCAAUCGUCAAGGCGAUUCAACAAGCACAUCUUGGGGAGGAAAUUAAGCGAGUGAUUUCCAACCAAACAUGCAAGCGUCUUGGUAACCUGCGUCCAGUGUAUGAAAACGGUUUACUACGAGUUGGAGGGCGAUUAGAUCGCUCAGUACUGCCGUUUGCUGCAAACAUCAGUUAA